AUGAUCGCCGCAGCGGUCCCCGACCUCCCAGCAGGGGAGUCACCAGAUCUAAUCCUGGUCCCGGCAACACCAGCAGAACGCAUAGCCUCAAUCAAGCUAAACAGCGUAGCUUGGAAGGGCCCGCUAGAUGUUGAAACAUACAUAGAGCGCGAGGACCAUCUCAUGCAACAGCGACUAACCCGCGACGGACUGACAUGCUGGAUCCUCGUGGACCGCAACGAGCCCGUCGGCGGCCGCACAAUCCUCAGCUCGUGCGAGUCCUACCGCAAGAAGGCGCUGAUGGCGCAUGAUGGCCAAGUGGAGGAUGUGGCUACCCACGGCGUGGGGAGUGUCUACUGCCGGCCUGAGUUCCGGGGGAAGGGGUAUGCUAAGAGGAUGUUCGAGGAGUUGAGGCUUAAGCUUGAUACGUGGAAGAUGGAGGAGGAGAGUCGGCGGAAGUCGCUGUUUACUGUACUCUUUUCGGAUAUUGGGAAGAAGUUUUAUGCUCAGUUUGGGUGGAGGCCUUUCUUGUCUUCGCAUAUGUCUUUGCCGGCUAUGGAGAGUGCUGUGGACGGAGGGGAUGUAACGAGGGAUCUUUUUGCUAAGGAUGUUCAGCAGACUGUUUGUAGUGAGGCUGUCCUUGCUAAGCUGCGGGAUCAGAUGCGCGUGGCAUCGCUGAAGUCGUCCAAGGCUAAGAUUGCUAUUUUGCCUGACUUUGACCAUUUUGUGUGGCAUUGGGCCCGAGAGGAGUUCUUUGCUGAGAAGCUGCUUCCCGAACGGUCCCCGCCGGUUGUCAAGGGUGCUGGUAAUGACCAGGCUCGCGUGUACUGCGCUUGGAACCGCAACUUUGGAGAAACGCCUGAGGACAAUGUUCUCUAUAUUCUUCGGUGGGUGUAUGAUGACCCCACAUCGCCGGCAGAAGAGCAGGCCAUGAUUAAAGCCAUGGCUUCCAUCCUUCGACGAGCUCAGCACGAAGCACACGAGUGGAAUAUGAGCAAGAAGGCUAUGACCUUGGUCGACCCGAAGGCCGAGCUUGUACACCGCGAGAAGGAUAGCAUCGCUAGCUUGCGCUGGACCGGUUCGGAGGACGGAUUGGGUAAGGAUGUGGAGUGGUGGCUGAAUGAGAAGUACGCCUGGUGUUGA